AUGACAACGGCGUGGCAGUGUCAACGUCUUCACGACAACGACUUCCCGGCGUCUCCACGACAACUCCACGCAUGUCUGCGUGGCGUGGCUUCCCGGCACUCCCCUGCGUGGCGCGGCUUCACGGCAACUCCCCGGCAUCUUCACGGCGAGGAGCGACUUCACGGCGGGGUGGAAAGAGGCGCAUCUCACGUCUUCCUCGUCUUCGUCUUCUCUUCCGAAGUGGCGGAGGAGCACAAGGCGCGGCAGAGGAGGUGCACGACGGACGGGAGGUCGCGGCUGGAGGAGCACAACGGAACGAAACCAAGGCUCAAUGGAGGAGGAGCACAACGGACGGGAGGUCGUGGCUGCAGCAACGAAACCAAGGUUCAAUGGAGGAGGAGCACAACGGACGGGAGGUCGUGGCUGCAGCAACGAAACCAAGGGUUUCGUGGAGGGGAGGUCGCUGCAGCGACAUGGAGCUUUCACCGUUUUCUCCCUCUCCUUCAUUUCCAGGCCUUGGCAGAGGAGCAGAAGAACGGGACGGCACGGCACGGCCGAAGGGUGAGAGUGGGUUGGUAA